GGAGUUUGUCCUGCUCGGGGCAGGUGCAAAGGGCGGCCCGGGCGCGCGGCCGCGCAGCGCCUCCCCGCGCCGUCUCGCCGGGCGAUGCCGGCGGGGCUGCAUGGAGUUCCCCGGGCACGGCGCGCGGCUGCUGGCCCGCCUGAGGCGGCAGCGCGAGCUGGGCUUCCUGUGCGACUGUACCGUGCAGGUGGGCGAGGCGCGCUUCCCCGCGCACCGCGCCGUGCUGGCCGCCUGCAGCGUGUACUUCCACCUCUGCUACAGGGACCAGCCGGCGGGCGGCCGCGACACGGUGCGGCUGGACCGCGACAUCGUCACGGCCGCCGCCUUCGGCCGGCUGCUCGACUUUAUGUACGAGGGCCGCCUGGACCUGCGCCGCCUGCCCGUGGAGGACGUGCUCGCCGCCGCCAGCUACCUGCACAUGCAGGACGUGGUCGCCGUCUGCAAGGACAGGCUGCGGGAACUGGACCCGCAGCCGCCGCGCCCCCUGCCCGCCGCUCCAAGGGUCCAGGCCACCCUCCCACCGCCAGCACCGCUGCCUUGCCGCUGGCAGGCCCCGGGACCACCUGACGGGGCCCUGGACCUGUCGCUGAAGUCUGACGCGAGGCAGGGGCCCAGCCGCCCGCCGGGGGCCCAGUCGCUGGUGAAGGAUGAGCUGGUGUCGCUGCGUGAGCAGCAGGACGGCGGCUGUCCCGGGACUCCUGGCAGCCCCCGGCGGCCCUCAGCUGCUCCUGCAGCCCAGGGCGCGCCCGCCGCCAGCGGCGCCCACCGCCAGGAGCAGAACAUCAGGAGCCCUGGCAGCCAGGAAGGGCACCUCUGCAUGUGUCCACUGUGCUGCCAGCUGCUGCCCAGCGCCCGCGUGCUGCAGCUGCACCUCAGCGCCCACUUCCGUGAGCGAGACGGCGUCCGCGCCCGGCUCCCAGCCCGCGGAGCGGCACCCACGUGCCCGCAGUGCAGCAAGACCUUCUCGUGCGCCUACACGCUCAAGAGGCACGAGCGGACCCACUCGGGGGAGAAGCCCUACACCUGCGUGCAGUGCGGCAAGAGCUUCCAGUACUCGCACAACCUGAGCCGACACGCUGUGGUGCACACGCGCGAGAAGCCUCACUCCUGCCGCUGGUGCCAGCGCCGCUUCACACAGUCAGGGGACCUGUACCGCCACGUGCGCAAGUUCCACAGCGGCCUCCUCAAAUCCCUGCUGGGGUGAUGCAGUUCCUGGGGCUCUGGGGCCGGGGGAGGGCUGGCGGGAGAACCCUGGCGCGAGGGUGGGGGGCUCCAGAGGUGAAGCCUAUGGGAGCCGCCAUCUGGGGCUCCGACCUUCCUCCCUAACCCUAACCCUGGCCUCUCACCCCAGGCUGGCUCCUCUGCUCUGUCCCCCAGCACAGCCUGGCGGUGCCAGCUCUGUCCUGCUCCCAGCCCCUGCAAGCCAAGUCCUCAGACCGCCCUGGCUGGGGUCCCCUGCAAGAACUUUCCCUGUCUGCUCUGGCACCUGAGGGCGCAUCCUCGGGCACCCGACCCAGGGCAGGGAGGUGGCUGGCAUGUGUUCCUGGUGGGC